AUGAUGAGGAUGAAGAACAUGACGAAUAUUGGAGGUUCGGAAACCGAAGCAAGAGGCUUGGAGUGGGAAAUGAGACCUGGAGGGUUGUUGGUUCAGCGUCGAACCGCUGACUCGGAUAUAAACCCGGUUCCUCCACCGACAGUUAGAAUUCGGGUUAAAUACGGUUCAACCAAUCAUGAAGUCAACAUUAGUUCAAUAGCAACAUUUGGGGAAUUGAAGAAAAUGCUUACCGGUCCAACCGGUUUACAUCACCAAGACCAGAAGAUAUUUUACAAAAACAAAGAGAGAGUUUCAAAGGAGUUUCUUGAUGUAGUAGGAGUCAAAGAUAAAUGUAAGUUAGUGUUGAUGGAAGAUCCUAUUAGUAAAGAGAAGAGGUACUUAGAAAUGAGAAAGAAUGUAACAAUGGAAAAAGCUUCAAAAUCUAUUUCAGAAAUUAGUUUGGAUGUAGAUAGGCUUGCAGGGCAGGUGUCUGCACUUGAAACAAUAAUUAAUAAAGGUGGGAAAGUUGUGGAGGCUGAUUUGCUUAAAUUGACUGAGAAAUUGAUGAAUCAAUUGCUUAGAUUGGAUGGUAUAAUUGCUGAUGGAGAUGUUAAGUUGCAGAGGAAAAUGCAGGUAAAAAGAGUUCAAAAGUAUGUUGAAACUCUGGAUAUGUUGAAAAUCAAGAAUUCCAAUGGGGUUCAUGUCCCAAUGAAGAAGCCUCAUCAAAAGCAUUCAAAUGGUCACAAACUGGCACCAAUUGAAGAGCAACCGGAAGAGAUGUCAAACGGGCACAAUAAAUUAGAACCAAAAUUGGAACAACAAAUGCAGCAGAAAGGGUCAAUGAAUUCAACCUCAGAAGUUGUUGUUACUACAAAAUGGGAGACAUUUGAUUCUCUACCACCAUUAAUUCCUGUUACUUCAUCCAGCUCAUCCACCAAUAAUUCAGUUCAACCAAAGUUCAAUUGGGAGUUCUUCAACUAA